CGUAAGGCUGAAACGCGCCCUCGAAGGAUGGAAGAUAGCGCUGCCCUCGCGCUCGCCCAGAGCCUUUCCGCGCUCACAGGCGAAUUCUCCCCCUCUCCGGGCUCUCAGACGCACCAUAACUCGCGCAUGGCAUGGAAACGCGUCCAGACGCCGCGGAGGUACACCAACCUUCGUGCAGAUCGCAUAUGCGCUCGCCCCGCGGAACAUCCAUCGCCAUACAACGCCGUACACGCCAAAUGCCCACCACGGGCAAUCUUCCGCGGUUUCGUAAGUGUAUCUGGGCGCGCGGUUCGUAUUCGGGGGCGCGUCGCCUCCGCGCAUUCAACUGCUGCGGUUGGAAAGGCUAAUCGACGCGGGGAGGGAUACAUAAGGCAGGGGGUGGGGCGGUGUUAGGGCAGAGCUCGGCGCUCUUCCCUUUCCCCCGGUAUCUAGUACUAUUUUCCGCGCCUUGACCGACGCCGCCGUCCUUCCCU